AUGUAUCCUCUCAGCUUCAAUCCGCACGCCUUCGGUUUUGACAAAGACAUCAACCCGUUCCAAAUCUAUGAUACCGACUUUUCUUACGAGCAGCUAAGCCGUGCUGAGGAACACCGUGACACUGGUGAACUUGACCUGCUGGAUGAAGCGUCCAUUACCGAGGAUCCUCACAGCGACAAUGCUCAUUCGACCUUCUUUCCCACUGAUAACCCUACUAUAGUUGCAAGAAUGGAGGAAACUAUCAACUUCAUGAAGGAACGAGGCCUUGAUGUUCCACUCUUCUUGUUGUAUUUCAGCUGGGGAGACCGGGCCUGCAUCCAGAGCAGCAUCAUUCGGUCUGCACGCACUGCACUGAUGACAAGUCCUCUGCUCCCCAAAAUACUCAGAACCUGGUGGAAACCACCCCGCCCGGUGGGAAGCACCAAGCCACGGCCUCAGGCUGCUCGCGUAGCCAUGGAAGACUUUGCUUUCGAAUGUGUCACCAAAACAACUGAGAAAGAGCUGCAAGACAUCAGCCAGUCAACCCAUUGCUCAUCUGAUGAGCUGUCGGACGUUGGGCUCACUUCCUUCACCCUAGAGGAGUGGAGGCUGCGUCUGAGCAGUCCAGGGAUGAGCGGAACUCCUAGGCUGUGGGCACUGCUGCGUACACUUUCCCGAACAGAGUUGCAGGUUGAGCGGGAGACACAGAGACAGCCAGAUUUUAUGAUCAUCUCUAUCAUUAUGCAAGUGAUGUAUUCGCGUUCACAGCACCACAAUCUAUGGCAAAAGAUGAUAUCAACAUACCUCCGGUCGCAGAAUAUCUCUGCAAAAUCUCUUGACUUCCUACAUACCCUGGGAUUGACCAUGUCCCACAAGUGGACGGUUCGAGCGAUUCAAACAAUUGCAGAGAACACCCUUGACGGCAUUCGGAUUCGCUUGAAGAACGGAGAGGAAUUUGUUAUCUCCCAUGACAAUCUGAACCUCGCGUUCAAGGUGUUCAAUCAACGUAUGAAUAACCAAUCCCAUUUUGAUUCUGGGACUUCUGCAACCAUCUACUUCCAGCCUGACGCUCCCCCUACUACGCGUCUGUGUAACCGUACUUUUCAAGAGCACCGCAGGUCAUCAGCGCAGCAAGGACCUCUCACCAUCAAGGAUAUCUGGGACCUUGAACGAGCAGGUGCACCUUCACGCCGCUUGCGAGAUGUUUAUCGCAUCUUGAUGUACCUGUUUGACUCCCCUUCCUUCAAUCUCUUGACGUACGAUGGUCGCAAACACCCCCUCCUAGCCAAGCCUCCCCCUGUGCAUCAGCUCCCCACUGGACCCCAGUACCGAACCGAGAAACACGUCCUUGGCACAGUUCACAUAGAAGAAGCAAGCUACGAGGGUAAUGAGAAGGUGAUUAUGCACUUUCUCAACGUACUAGGCCUCAUUGGAUCAACGGAGGAGAAGCAAAAGUUGGCUCUAGGGCAACUGUUAGUAUGGACAGGGGAUCAGCUCACAGCCGAGCGCAUCCGUGGUCUCAUUGCCAGCCAUGCAUGGGAUGACAACGCCUUUGAACGCCUCGACUUCUUAAUCCCCUCGUUUGGAUGGCUCCACAACUCAAUGACAUUUGCUGCUUCACUACACAAACAAUACCUAGGUACUACUGCCGGCCGAGGACUUCGACACGCAUUCACCGUCUUAAAUCGAAAGGGUCUCGACUCCGUCAAAACUCGAGGACCAUUCCACCAACAACUGGAUGAAGCCAUUUGUCACGUCACCGAAGCUCGAUUUCAGGAUUGCUGGCGUGUUGUGACAGGUGCUGAUGAUCUUGCAGCUUUGCAGGAGAAGACGCCCGAAGAACUGUACAAAUUCGCGAUGGAGAUACUUGAUAAGCUGGCAUCAGUAGAUGUUCUCGAGGACUGGGACUCACAAGAUGAUGAAGAAAAGGACGAGAUCUUUCGGGAAUCCGUGCUCUGGAACCGGGAUGCCUUACGAUAUAUCGACCUUCAAGCUGCUAUUAAAGAGGGUGAUGUUGGUGUAAUGGAAGAUACUCUUCCUUACCUCUUAUUCCGUUAUUCCGGAGGAAGCAACAGCCGCUAUGCCAUCGAGAUCCUGGAACUGCUUCACUGCCUCCAACGAGAAUGGCCACCCGAGCUGAAAGACUAUGUCCGGAGACGUGCGUGGCUCGUGAACUUGUCAGGUCACCCGGGUAAAUGGCAUCCUGUUGAUCAGGCACAAGAGCAUAACAUCAAAGACCAGAAGGUAACUUACUCAAUGCAGGGCCCCAACGCUUCAUGGGAGGGACUAGACAAAAUUGGACCCGCUGUUGCAACUCUGGGGACUGUGCGAAAACACCUUGAGAAACAGAUACGCACAUUGAGGCGAGGUGUUGCCCAUACAGCACCUUCAAAGAAUGCCGACGUGCAGCGCCUGAAGAAUACUUACAAGUCAUCAAAGGUGAAUGAGAGACAAAACGGACGCAUGGGACUCACGGAGAGCGAUUGGGUAGUUGAUGUUGUAAGCGAGGGGGCUAUCCAUCUCUUCCGGCGUCAAACAAUGUCCAAGUGGUGGGCAAAGCGCAACCGUAGGCGCAAGACAACGGAGUUGUGGGAUACAGAUUUGUUGUAG